AAAACCAGAGGUUGUUUGUGACCAACUCAGCGUCGCACCGAUAAACAUGUAUGUCUGGUUUACUCUUCUAGCCGGUUUGGCUUUUUUGCCAGCAAUCGUGAAGACGCUAUUUCCAUACCUUUUUCAUGACUGCGUCUAUAUACUAAGAGCGAUCUGCUUUGGACUUCGGAUAGAAAUAUACAAGAGGAAAACUCCUUUUUACAGUAUGGUGGACGGGUUUGGCGAUGCUGUGAGGAAGAACCCGCACAAAACGUUAAUCCAUUUUGAGGGAAAGACAUAUUCUUAUUUGGACGUGGACAGAGAAAGUAACAAAGUUGCUAAUGCUUUAAGGAAAGUUGCUGGUCUUAAGGAGGGGGACACCGUUGCCGUAUUCUUGGGGAAUGAGCCUGCUUUUGCAUGGACUUGGCUUGGUCUUGCGAAAUUAGGCUGUGUUGCCGCUUUAUUGAACUUUAACAUAAGAUCCAAAUCACUUCUUCACUGUUUCUCCUGCUGCGGUGCAAAGGUACUAAUAGCGUGUGAAGAACUGUGUGGUGCUGUUGAAGAGAUUUUGCCUGCUUUGAAAGAGAAGAGUGUCUCUGUAUACAUUAUUAAUAAUGACUCCAGUACAGAGGAUAUUAAGGGGAUCCGCCAGGCAAUCACCCAGGCAUCAGAUGAUCCCCUGCCUCGAUCUCUCAGAGCGAAUGUUAAUGUCCGGAGCACAGCUCUGUAUAUCUACACAUCUGGAACCACAGGCCUCCCUAAAGCAGCUAUGGUGACUCAGGAGAGGCUCUGGGCUGCAUCCUUCUUCCAGGGCCUUUGUGGUGUCACCUCUGAAGAUGUUUUCUACAUCAAUCUGCCCCUCUAUCACAGUGCUGGUUUUCUUAUAGGAUUCACUGGAUGUAUUGAAAGAGGUAAUUCUUUUGUUCUACGGAGGAAGUUUUCUGCCUCUCAGUUCUGGGAUGACUGCAGAAAGUACAACAUAACAGUCAUGCAGUACAUUGGGGAAACAUUGCGUUACCUCUGCAAUGUACCAAAGAGAAACAAUGACAGAGACCACAAAGUUAGGCUUGCUAUAGGGAAUGGUGUCCGAGAAGAGGUCUGGAAUGAAUUCCUUAGCCGCUUUGGGAAUAUUUAUGUCAUGGAGCUUUAUGGUGCUACAGAGGGAAAUGUUGUAUUCCUUAACUACACUUCUAAAGUUGGUGCAGUGGGCCGUGACAAUAUCCUCCAGAAGCACAUAUUCCCCCACGCACUGAUCAAGUUUGACAUAGAGAAAGAAGAACCUCUGAGGAAUGCUGCUGGAUUCUGUGUGCCGGUUACUCCAGGUGAGCCUGGACUGCUGGUUGCGAGAAUCACCACAAAGUAUCCCUUUGUUGGCUAUGCUGGAAACAAGCAGCUGACGGAGAAAAAAAGACUCAGAGAUGUUUUUGAAAAAGGAGACCUCUACUUCAACAGCGGUGACUUGCUGAGGAUUGACCAUGAAAACUUUGUCUACUUUCAUGACCGGGUUGGAGAUACUUUCAGAUGGAAAGGAGAAAAUGUAGCUACAACGGAAGUAUCAGGCAUUCUCAGUAUGGUGGACUGCAUCGAAGAGGCAAAUGUUUAUGGUGUUACAGUCAAAGGACAUGAGGGGCGGAUUGGAAUGGCAGCUAUUACUUUAAAGGAAGGAAGAGUGUUUGAUUGUGUCAAUACAUGUAGUGUUGUUACCGACUACCUACCAGUUUAUGCUAGACCCCGUUUCAUUCGCAUUCAGAAUUCUUUGGAAGUUACUGGAACUUUCAAAAUGAAAAAGGUGAAGCUGGUGGAGGAAGGAUUCAAUCCAGCCAUCAUUCAGGAUCCUCUCUACUUCCUUGACUUGACUGUUAAGAAGUACAUCCCCUUCACUCAGGAAAAUUAUAAUUCAGUAAUUUCAGGAGAAAUUAAACUCUGAAUUUGGAAUACUCAAAAGACAUUACUUACAAAAACAUCUUUUUAGAAUUGUUUGUGUGUAUGUGUGAGAGAAUCUUACAAUAAGAACUGCAAAAAUAUAUUUACAUCUUAAUAUCAGGGAAUUUUUUAAAGUGCCAAUUUAUGUUGAACAAUUCAGUAAGCAGUGAUGAUAGAAUAUUAAAAUAAACUUUUUUGAUGUGACUUAAUAAUGCACAUUUAUUGUCUUUUUGGAAAAAUUCAUAUUACUUUAAUGAAGUUUUAUUCAGUGGUUUGGGAUAUUCUUAAUUUGUUGCCAAAAUGAUUGGCUCCAUGUACUAAAUUGUAUUCUCAGUACACGACUCAAUGAUCACCACUAUGUAGGAGAAAGGUUAGUUUAACAAACGAGGCCUGUGACCCACCAUCCCUAAUCUCUGAAUACAAGCAUUUAUCAGUCAAUGGAACCAGUGCCCUUCUGAACCAAACCUGGGGUCAUCCCCCCCACAGAGAUAACUUUUAAAACCUUUGCACCUUUCACAAUGGACACGAUCCAAUUUUACAAACUCAGUUCUCUCCCAUGUCCAGUGUUGACAUCAUACUUUACUUUAAAAAUGGAUUUAUUUAUUAAUACAGUGGUAUAUUUAGAAAUAUGCUGCAAAGAAAAAAAAAAAUUAAAAAAGGGAAAAAGACAUAUCAAGCACUCAAGGAAACUAAUAUUGAGUUUAAGCUAUACCCCCCCCCCCCAAAAAAAAAGAAUAAUAAAAAAAAAACCUAACAAAAACAACAACAACAACAACAACAACAACAACAACAACAAAAAAGUACUGAUGUGCCUUAAUAAAUUGUUUACUAGUACAAAAAUACAUUUCAGGGCACACAAUACAGCAUCCAGUAUCACAAAUAAAGUAAGGGGCCACUCACCACAGUGGACCCUUCUUACAUACAUAUUCAUUAAAUUAUUUAAACCAAGCACUUUCCUAUUUUGUAAAUAAGAAUAAAAAUGUUUUGCUUUCGUAGUGUUAAAAAUGCCAUUAAGUAGAGUUUGUGUAUAUGUUGGUAUAAAAAUGUUUUCCCCUUUUUUAAUUUUUUGUGACUGCUAAGUUUAGUUCCAAGGCUCAGGGGUAUAACUGUAAUACAAACAUAACCAAUGUAAGUUUUUCUUUUCUUUCUUUCUUUUUUUUUUUUUUUUAACCAAAAAUCUUAACAUUUUAUAGAAAAUAACAAAUGUACAAAAGGUCAUUUACAGCAAACCAAGGCCAUAUGCUAGCAGUAUAUACAGCCAUAAUUUAAACAUAUCCUAGUAUUUUGUAUAUCCAUUGACUUCAUAUGCAUAGCAGUAAAAUAAAGCAUACCUGUUCAUUA